AUGGCCACCUCCGAGGAAAAAGCUCGAGAUGCUGGACCUCCCAUGGUCUUGGCCGUCGGCAUGCUUCGCACAGGCACGAACUCUCUUGCGGCCGCCCUUUCUGAACUGGGCUUCAAGCAUGUCUUUCACGGUCUGGAUUCGCGGACGAAGCCAACGCACUGGGCAUUCUUCGAGCGAGCCGCCAUCGCGACUUGGCCUGAAGUGAACGCAAAGGGUCAGACGCCUACUCCUACGCCGUUCACUCGAAAAGACUGGGAUGAGCUCUUUGGGCCUUACGACGCGGUGACCGACCUUUCGUGUUUCUGGGCACUGCAGCUGGUCGAUGCCUACCCCAACGCCAAGAUCAUUCUCACGGAACGCGACUUUGAUAAAUGGUUUCCAAGCUUCGAUAGCCAGGUUAUCCAACCACUAUUCGGGCCGUGGGUCGACGUGCUUCUCAAGGGGGUGGGCCUGGUGAUUGGCAACAGGGCUGGCUUCGCCAUGCAAAAGACUAUCAGCGGGUUCUUCGGUGGUGCUCGCACAAUCGAGGAGCUACAUCGUCGUGCGCCGGACGUCUUCCGAGAGCAUUCAGAGCGCGUCAAGGCUCACGUGGCGCCUGAGAGGCUCUUGGUGUAUCGCGUGGGCGAAGAUGGAUGGGAGCCUCUUUGCAAGUUCCUUGAGAAAGAUGUGCCCAAAGACAAAGCAUUCCCGAGAGUCAAUGACAAAGCUUCCCAUACUGAGUCGGACAGAGUCAUACGCCGAGCAGCUUGGAUCCAGGCUGCGUGGGCGAUUGCGCCGUAUGCCGUUGCCAUCACGGCUGCGUACUUGGGACGUGUUUAUUGGAGUCGCAUCGCCUGA